GCCGCGGCAGAUGGCCUCAUCCAACGGUCUGUGUCGAUACGGCGCCAGGGUGGACUGCUGCUGGGGAUGGACACGCCGCUCUUGGGGACACUGCCAGCCUUUGUGCCAGCCUGGCUGCAAACACGGAGACUGUGUGGGACCCAACAAGUGCAAAUGCCACCCUGGUUUCACUGGCAAGACCUGCAAUCAAGACCUGAAUGAGUGUGGGCUGAAACCAAGGCCCUGCAAACACAGGUGCAUGAACACCUAUGGGAGCUACAAGUGCUACUGCCUGAAUGGGUACAUGCUGAUGCCUGAUGGGACCUGUGGAAAUGCACGCACAUGUGGAAUGGCCAACUGCCAGUAUGGCUGUGAGGUGCUAAAAGGAGAAGUCCGAUGUCAGUGUCCAUCACCAGGCCUACAACUAGCACCAGAUGGAAGAACUUGCGUGGAUGUGGAUGAGUGUGCAACAGGAAUCGCGGUGUGUCCCAGGUUCAGAAAAUGCAUCAACACCUUCGGGAGCUACAUUUGCAAGUGCCAUGAAGGAUUUGACCUGCAAUACAUCAAUGGAAAAUACCAAUGUACAGAUGUGGAUGAGUGCAGCUUGGGACAGAGCCACUGCAGCAGCUUGGCCACCUGCUACAACACACCAGGCUCAUACAAGUGCAAAUGUAAAGACGGCUAUAGGGGAAUGGGUCAUGACUGCAAACCCAUUCCUAAGGUGACCAUUGACCCCCCGAGGCCAGGAAAGCUGCCACCAAGUCAUAACAACCGCAUCCCCGACUCAGACCACAAGAGGACCACCACAACCAUCCACCCACAAGUGACUGCCAAGAGAUUCUUCCCCGUUAUUCCCAAAAUUACAAGUGCUGCUACCACCACAACUACAGCAACAACAGCAACCACAACCAAAGCAUCUCUCCCUCCAAAGAGGGUCAACCCCGCCUCACGCAAGCCAAUGGUUCCCACUCGAAAACCACCCGUUCACCCCAGGAGACCACCAGCACCCACAAAGAAACCCUACAUCCCGCCAAGGCAACUACCAAUCACACCAGCACCCCCACCCAGACGCAAAACCCCACUGGUGCCCACCAGAGCCCCAACCGAGCAAGAGGUUACUCCAGUGGACAACACUAUCCAGAAGGAGGUCACCAAACAGAGAGGGGAUGUCCACAUUCCAAGAAACCACGGCCAUAACACCGUCCUGGGCAUCGACUUUGACAUUGAGCUGGGAAACACAGCGGAUGAAGCAAAGGACGACCCAGAAUCUGGCUAUCUGAGCUGCUCCUUCGAUAACGGUCUUUGUGGUUGGAUCAGGGACAGAGAUGGUGACCUUCACUGGGAGACAACAGCUGAUCCAUCAGGUGGCCGGUACCUCACUGUUCCUGAGGUAGGCAAUAAGAGGAGUGGACGGGGCGCCCGCCUGGUCCUGCCACUGACCCCGCCGUGGAAUGACGGCAAUCUGUGUCUGUCAUUCCGCCACAAGCUGGCCGGACACCAUGUGGGCAUGCUGCAAGUGUUUGUGAAGAAGGGGAAACAAUACAGUCCAGCGGUUUGGGGGAGGACAGGAGGAAACGGAUGGAGGCACACUCAAAUUACGCUAUGGGGAACGGGCUUAGAAAGUGUGAUCCUGAAAGGGGAGCGUGGGCGAGGUCGGAGCGGAGAGAUGGCCGUGGACGACAUCACCCUCAGGAAGGGCUCUUGCACAGAGGAGCACAAUCUGAGGAGACUCUGACUGACAGAGCAGAGAGAAGCAAAAAUUAAUAACCAGAACAUAAGGUGGAAACACCUCGAGGAGACCAAACAGUGAUCUGACAGCCCCUUACUCUGCCAGGGUUCUCACUCAUCCCUACAGCCAGUCAGCAAACAGCAUAAAAAAAAUAAUAAAAAAAAGGUGCAUCCAUGGAUCAGAGUGCAUUUCUCUUUGACUGUAUGUGGAUAAGAAGACUGAAACAAAUCUCACCGGAGUACCCCGGUGACACACUCCUCUUUUCUUAUCGA